AAACCAGUAACCUUCUUUCUUUUUUUCUCUCUCCCCCUCUGCUUUGCUUUCUGAUUCUCUCUGCCUUUUAUGUUUUAUUCUCCGUCUCCAUAACACUACUGCUCAACAACUCAUUCAAAUUUAAAAACAGAAACACCCCCUCCCAAGGGAAUCAAACCCACAAAUCUUCACUGUUUAUUCCCAUUCUUUCUUCAAGCUUUGAAGAACAAAAGAUAUGGGUUUUCUGCAUGACGACGUAGUGAUUAUUAGGCAGGCAGAUAAAGAAGGAGAGCCGAGUGUUAUCACUGUAAACUGCCCUGAUAAAACCGGUUUGGGCUGUGAUUUAUGCCGCAUCUUGCUCUUUUUCGGUCUCAACAUUGUCAGAGGAGAUGUAUCCACGGAUGGGAAAUGGUGUUUUAUAGUGUUUUGGGUGGUUUGCAAGCCAACAACAAGAUGGGAAUUGGUGAAGAAAAGACUAGUUGGGGCUUGCCCUUCUUGUUCUUCAGCUUCUGGGAUUUCUUAUUACCGUUCGGAGUUGCAGUCUCCAAGGCCUCCUCCUGAUGUCUUUCUCCUCAAGCUUUUCUGUUACGAUCGAAAAGGCCUUUUGCAUGAUGUGACACAAGUUCUGUGUAGUCUUGAACUCAAUAUAAAGAAAGUUAAGGUAUCAACAACUCCAGAUGGCACAGUGAUGGACCUUUUCUUUAUUACAGAUACCAGGGAGCUAUUGCAUACAAAAAUUAGGCAGGAGGAGACUUAUAAGGCAUUGGAAGAUGUUACUCAGGAUGCUAUAAUCAGCUUUAAUGUCGAAAAGGUUGGACCUGAAAUUACUGCAUGUUCUCAAGCAUCUCCAUUUCUCCCGCCUGCAAUAACUGAGGAUAUUUUCAACAUAGAGACGUCUAAUGAUCUCCCAAGCGUAUCACUUACUUCCAACAAUGUUUGUGUCACGAUGGACAACUCGCUCAGUCCUGCUCACACGCUUGUUCAGAUUGUUUGUCAAGAUCAUAAAGGUCUUCUAUAUGAUAUAAUGAGAACUCUGAAGGAUUACAACAUUCAGAUUUCAUAUGGACGCUUCUAUAUAAAACAAGGAAAGAAGUGUGAGAUUGACUUGUUUAUAAUGCAAGCCGACGGGAAGAAGAUAGUUGAUCCAAGCAAGCAAAGUGCAUUGUCCUCGCGUCUGAAGAUGGAACUGCAGCAACCACUCAGAGUAGCUGUAGUGAGCCGGGGUCCUGAUACCGAGCUUCUAGUUGCAAACCCUGUAGAGUUAUCGAGCAAGGGCCGGCCUCUUGUUUUUUAUGACAUUACCCUUGCUCUAAAGAUGCUUAACACCUGCAUAUUCUCGGCUGAGAUUGCUAGACACAUGAUCGGAGACCGAGAGUGGGAAGUUUACAGAGUUCUUCUAGAUGAAGGGGACAGUUUAUCCAUUCCAAGGCGAAAAGUUGAGGAAGAAGUUUGGAAGCGGUUGAUGGGUUGGGAAUAACUAUGAUCACAACUCAUCCCCUUCCCGUGUAGCCAUUGCUCGGCUGCUGUACAGUAUACUUCUUCCCGCCGUGGUGCGGAGUCGAUGUAAAUUAUGGAUCUUCUUAGGCUAACCUUGUGAUAUAGGAAAGCUCUUAUGUCAACAUAUUCUUGAAAGCUAAAAGUUGUACCAUAGAGGUAGAUAUUAUGCAAAUCUUGUGUAAAGUAUCUUUGAUCGACGAUAACUACUGUUUUAACAUUAUGGCUCAUGUCCAAAUCCG